AUGGCAAAAGAACAGAUUAAAGUGGUGGUGUGUGGAGAUGAUGGGGUCGGCAAAACAAGCCUCAUAGCAUGCUUAGUGAAGGAUCAAUACAUACCAAAUCUCCAAGACAGAUUGUCGCCCGUUACAAUUCCACGGGACUUUUCCUCGAGCCCAUUCUCCCCCAAGGCCAGUGUUCUAGUAGACACCACGAGCUACGAUCUGCCGCAGCUGCAUUACGAACUGAAAAGCGCCGACGUGAUAUGGUUAGUGUAUUCGGAUCAUGAAAGUUACGAUCGAGUGGCCCUGUACUGGAUGAUGAUGUUUCGUUCACUGGGUGUCAAUCUCCCUGUCAUUUUGUGCAAGAACAAAUGCGACACCACUUUGCAUGGGAGCGAAGGGACUCAUGCCAAGGAUAUCAAUGCUGAAGACAAGGCUUCGGAGAACACCAAGAUCGAGGACGAGGAGUUCAUCCCAAUCUUGCGAGAGUUCAAAGAAGUUGAAACUUGCAUUAAGACUAGCGCCAAAGAUAAAAUGAACGUCAACCAAGCGUUCUACUUAUGUCAAAGGUCUAUAACCCACCCCAUUGCCCCACUAUUUGACCCCAGGGUGGGUGAGCUUAAGCCACUAACCGUUUUGGCCCUCAAAAGAAUUUUUUUGCUCUCCGACAAGGACCAAGAUGGGUUUUUGAAUGAUGAGGAGCUAUCAGUCUUACAAAGGCGUUCUUUUGGGAAAUCAAUCGACACACAGGAGCUGCAAUUUAUAAAAGAGACUUUGCUUAAUCUUUCCAUCUCUCCUCAGGAGUAUGCCAACUACAUUCUCUUCGUCCCUGGCAAGGGUAUCACUAAAGAUGGGUUUUUGGUCCUGAACAAGCUUUACUCGGAGAAAGGGAGACAUGAGACGACAUGGGGUAUUCUGAGAGCUUUUCACUACACAGAUUCGCUGUCCAUAAACGAUAAAGUACUCUACCCUAAGAUGGACAUUUCGGACAGUGCUAGCGUUGAACUGAGCCCACUGGGGUAUCGUUUUCUCGUGGAACUUUUUUUGACGUUUGACAAAGAUAAUGAUGGCGGCCUCAAUGAUCAAGAACUUGCUUUCCUUUUCAAGACAACUCCCGGUAUUCCCAAGCUUUGGACGGAAACAAAUUUUCCUUUUUCAACCGUGGUCAAUAAUCAAGCUUGUGUAACCCUACAAGGGUGGCUAGCACAAUGGACUAUGACAACGUUUCUGGACUAUAGAACUACUACUGAGUAUCUGGUGUACUUGGGUAUUGAGAAGGACGCCAGAUUGGCCCUCCAAGUGACAAAAGCUCGCAAAAAGCGCAGAAGGAAUGGAAAGUAUUACAGAGCUCCAGUUACUGAUCGUAAAGUAUUUAGCUGCUAUGUGAUCGGCAAACCACAUAGCGGUAAAAGUUCUUUGCUCGAAUCUUUUGUUGGAAUGUCGUUCUCGGAGUCAUACACUCCAACAAUCAGACCUCGAAUUGGAGUAAAUAGCUUGGAGUUAAAAGGCAGUAAGCAAUACUACUUGAUUCUGCAAGAAUUUGGCGAGCAAGAACCUGCAAUUUUGGAAAAUGUUGAAAAAAUGAAGGAGUGUGACGUGCUGUGUCUAACGUAUGAUUCUAGCGAUCCAGAGUCCUUUUCGUAUUUAUUUGAGCUUAUCAACCAACAUCAACACCUUCAAAACCUUCCCAUGAUAUUCGUGGCUCUCAAAGCUGAUCUGGAUAAGCAGCAACAGAGAUGCUACAUUCAACCCGAUGAUUUCACAGACCAAUUGUUCGUCGACCACCCACUACAUGUAUCUUCAGCAUGGUCUAGCUCACUUAAUGAGCUAUUUAUCAAAUUAACGGAAGCCGGUCUUGAACCGGCCAAAAACACACCGGGGCUGGCCCCAGAUACCGCAAGGGAAGAAGUCGACUAUUGGCAAUACGCGUUGGUCGCAACCUCUGCAGUGGGCUUCACCUCUUUAUUCACCUUUACAUUCUUCAAAUUGUUUCGCAGUUUGCGGAGCGGUUCGACGUGA